AUGAGCGCGCUAGACGACACGACUACGUACGCGGAGACACUGCAGCUUUGGUCGCUGCACGACUGCAGCGACGUCGUGAACGGACGCAGCGUCGAGGAAAUGAAGAACCUUUUCGGGAGGUUCCGCGCGGCGCGCGGCAAGUCCGACACUACGAACGCGACCGUGACCCUCCAGUCGUUGGACACAGCUUGGACAGCAUUUGUACGACGCUCGAACAAGGAGGGAGGUGAUGCCUUCGAGCGGAUGCUGCUUGAGCGCGAGGCUGCCCACUCGCGGUUGUCGGUCGGUGCGUUGGCUGCUCAAGUUUGCCAGUUGGCUGUUGACCAGGGGCGUCGAUGCUGCACCGCCCAUUAUGAGGACGGAUGUCCACGCUGUCGUGGGCGUGGCGUCCCGCGACUGAGUGCGGCCGAAUGGCGCCAUAUGGUUGAAGACACUGCGAUUACCGAAGUGGAGAGAGAGGUGAUCGGGCGUUUUUCAGCGAGCGCUGGAUGA